CGCGCUUCGGUGUUUGUAGGCGGAGCUAACGGAGUUCACGUGAACUCUUCAGAGCUGCUGCGGACUGGAAGAGACGCUUCGACAGGUCAAGAUGUCAUCAGUGAAGGUGGAGUGCGUGGUGAAGGCGAGUGCUCUGAUUGGUGAAGGUCCGGUGUGGGAGGAGUCGGAGCAGACGCUGCUGUUCGUCGACAUCGGUGGGCAGAAAAUCCACCGCUGGAGUCCAUCGACCAAUGAAGUGGAGUCUUUGGAAACAGGGGAGACGGUGGGCUUCGCGGUUCCUCGCAGGUCAGGUGGUUACGUGGCAGGUGUGGGCCGCAGCAUCGUGGCUGUCGAUUGGUCAACUCGGCUGAUGACAACAUUGGUGGAGGUCGACGAGGACAAGAAGAACAACCGCCUCAACGACGGGAAGGUGGACCCGACUGGACGCCUGCUGGCAGGUACAAUGGGGAAGGAGGAGCGACCUGCUGAGGUUGAGAGACAACAAGGCUCUCUGUUCUCGGUGAACUCUGACCUCUGCGUGACCAAACACCUGAGCCAGGUGGACAUAUCCAACGGAUUGGAAUGGUCUUUGGACCAGAAGACGUUUUUCUACAUCGACAGUUUGUCUCUGACCGUCGACGCCUUUGACUACGACUGCCACAGCGGACUCAUCGGUAACCGUCGGGUGGUGUACCGCCUGGAGGAGGGGGCGGGGCUUCCUGACGGGAUGACAGGAGACGCUGAUGGUCGUCUCUGGGUGGCGUGUUACAACGGAGGACGGGUCAUCCACAUCGACCCUGCUACAGGUGUGCUGCUGCAGACCGUUUCUCUGCCGGUGAUGAAGACAACCUCGUGUUGUUUUGGAGGUCCAGACUACUCUGACCUCUACGUGACCUCAGCCAGUCUGGGCCUCGACCAAUCAGGAAGAAGACAGCAGCCACUGGCUGGAGGCACCUUCAAGGUGACAGGACUUGGGGUCAAGGGUCGGCCUUCCAACUCGUUCUCUGGAUGACCACCAAUCACAUCACAGGUCAUCAAGUGGUCAUAACUGUUAUUUCUUAUAACUCGGGUCGUCGUCGAGGAACCUGUUGUUUGUCAUGGAGUUCUUCUUCUUCUUUUUCUUCUUCUUUGAUCUUUAUCAUAUCCAGAACAUUGUUGUGUGGACAUGCUAAUCAGGACUGGUGAACUUUCAAAUAUUUGCAGCAGUUUAGAGCGAAAUAAAUAAAUGAUGAAGUGACAACGAAUCGGAAACAAGGAAACUGUGAUGAGAUUCAAUAGCCAAUCAGAAACAAGGAAACUGUGACAAUCAGAGUGAAUGAAGUAUUGAUAACUCUUAUAAGUACCUUUAAAAAAAUGUGUGAAAAUAAAACUUGAAGACUUUGGACCCGUUA